CGGAGUUUUCUAUCAGCCAUAACAGACUAGCAGAGAAGAUUUAUAGACAGUACAAUGGCAGAACUCGCUCCAGCACCUGCACCGGCUACCCCGGUGAAAGCCCCGAAGAAGAAGGCCUCCUCCAAGCCGAGCAAGAAGUCCGGUCCCGGCGCCGGCGAGCUCAUCCUGAAAGCGGUGACCGCCUCCAAGGGCCGUAAUGGUAUCUCCUACGUGGCCGUGAAGAAGUACAUGGCCGCUCAGGGCUACGACGUGAAGCAGAACAGCGCCCACAUCAAACGCGCCGUCAGGAAGCUGUUGGCGGGAGGAUCCCUCGUCCAGCUCAAGGGAAGCGGUGCCACCGGCUCCUUCAAGGCAGCCAAGCCCGCUGAGAAGCCCAAGAAGUCGGCGGCAGCGGCGAAGAAGUCCGCCGUCAAACCCAAGAAGCCUGUCGCAGCGAAGAAGCCCGCCGCCGCCAAGAAGUCCGCCGUGGUCGCCAAGAAGCCAAAAGCAGCCAAGCCGACUCCCAAGAAGGCGAAGAAACCCGCUGUGGCCAAGAAAACAUCCGUGAAGAAGAUCACAAAGAGCCCGAAGAAGGCGAUGGUCAAGAAGGCGGCUUCACCCAAGAAAACCGCAAGGAAGGCCGUCAAAGCCAAACCAGCGAAGAAGGCAGCAGUGGCUAAAAGACCAGCGAAGAGGGCAGCAGCCAAGAAACCAGCGAAGAAGUAAACUUUUAAAAGUUUGUUUCAUAGCAACCACAAAAGGCUCUUUUAAGAGCCACCCAAAUACACCAAAAGAGCACAAGUCCUAAAUAUUAUUGUUAUUAAAUAUGUUUAUUUAUUAUCAUAUAAAUAAUUACUGUUAAUGAGUUCAAACAAUCAUUUUAAGACACCAUGAGAUGCAGAAUAUAAGAAUACUUUGAAUGCAAAUAUCAAUAAAGUAAGUUAUGUAUAGUGAGAAGCAAACUGACAAUAAGCUUAAUUUAAAUAUAGAUUAGAAGCCUGAAAUCAAACUAAAGAUAGUUUAAAAAGCACAAAUAAAUAAAACCGUACAAGUGUAGAGUCACCAAAUUAUUUUACUAUUAAAUUGAACUAAGUACACAUAAAGUGAUGUACUUAAGUACACGUUUGAGGUACUUUAUUUGAGUAUUUUCUCCGCAGUCAACUUUACAUAUUUAACUACACAGACUGACUUUACUGCGUUUGUUUCACAGCUUUACUCACUUUAACAAUUAUCAUUUUUGAGAACUUGCGUGAUGACGUUUCUCACUAUUUUUUUAAAAACCCAAAAAUAUAUCGGGAAUUAAAUGUU